AUGCCGUUGUCCAUCAGCGGCUCCGGCACCCUCAGUUUGGUGUCUCAUGAGGAGCAUGAGGAGCCUGCAGACGAUGGGCCUUCUGCCAUAGACCAUUGCCUGUCAGUGAAGGCCUCCACAUUAACACCCGCUGUCUUUCUUUGUUCCUUUACAGAAAUGUUGGAAUCCAACAAUGUGGUUGCCUUCAAUGGCUUGUCCAACAGCUCCAGUUAUCAUACUUUCCUUCUGGAUGAGGAGCGGAGUAGGCUGUAUGUUGGAGCAAAGGAUCAUAUAUUUUCGUUCAAUUUGGUGAAUAUUAAAGACUUUCAAAAGAUUGUGUGGCCAGUGUCUUAUACUAGGAGAGAUGAAUGCAAAUGGGCGGGGAAAGAUAUCCAGAAAGAAUGUGCUAAUUUCAUCAAGGUCCUUAAGGCUUAUAAUCAGACUCACUUGUACGCCUGUGGAACUGGGGCUUUUCAUCCAAUUUGCACCUAUAUUGAAGUUGGACACCAUCCUGAGGACAACAUUUUUAAACUGCAUGACUCACAUUUUGAAAAUGGUCGUGGGAAGAGUCCUUAUGACCCCAAACUCCUGACAGCUUCUCUUCUAAUAGAUGGCGAGUUAUACUCUGGAACUGCUGCGGAUUUCAUGGGACGAGACUUUGCUAUCUUCAGAACACUAGGCCAUCAUCACCCUAUCAGGACCGAGCAGCAUGACUCCCGGUGGCUCAAUGAUCCUAGAUUCAUCAGUGCCCAUCUUAUCCCAGAGAGUGACAACCCUGAAGAUGACAAAGUAUACUUUUUCUUCCGAGAAAAUGCAAUAGACGGAGAACAUUCUGGAAAAGCUACUCAUGCAAGAAUAGGUCAGAUAUGCAAGAAUGACUUUGGAGGACACAGAAGUCUUGUGAAUAAAUGGACGACGUUUCUGAAAGCACGCCUGAUUUGUUCAGUGCCGGGUCCAAACGGCAUUGACACCCAUUUUGAUGAAUUGCAGGAUGUAUUUCUAAUGAACUCUAAAGAUCCUAAAAAUCCAAUUGUCUACGGAGUGUUUACAACGUCAAGCAACAUAUUCAAGGGAUCUGCUGUGUGUAUGUACAGCAUGAGCGAUGUAAGAAGGGUGUUCCUUGGUCCAUAUGCUCACAGAGACGGUCCCAACUAUCAGUGGGUACCUUAUCAAGGAAGAGUUCCCUACCCACGGCCGGGAACUUGUCCCAGUAAAACAUUUGGUGGAUUCGACUCCACCAAGGACCUUCCUGAUGACGUCAUAACCUUUGCAAGAAGUCAUCCAGCCAUGUACAACCCAGUGUUCCCCAUUAAUAACCGCCCAAUAAUGAUCAAAACAGAUGUUAAUUAUCAGUUCACACAAAUAGUCGUAGACCGAGUGGAUGCAGAAGAUGGCCAGUAUGACGUCAUGUUCAUCGGGACAGAUGUUGGAACUGUUCUUAAAGUGGUUUCCGUCCCCAAGGAGACGUGGCAUGAUUUAGAAGAGGUUCUUCUGGAAGAAAUGACAGUCUUCAGGGAACCAACAACAAUUUCAGCAAUGGAGCUCUCUACUAAACAGCAACAGCUGUACAUUGGUUCAACUGCUGGGGUCGCACAGCUUCCUCUGCAUCGCUGUGACAUUUAUGGCAAAGCCUGUGCAGAAUGCUGCCUUGCCCGGGACCCCUACUGUGCCUGGGAUGGGUCAUCAUGCUCGCGCUAUUUUCCUACUGCAAAGAGACGCACAAGACGACAGGAUAUAAGAAACGGAGAUCCGCUGACGCACUGCUCGGACUUCCAGCAUCACGAUAAUCACCAUGGGCACAGCCUUGAAGAGAGAAUCAUCUAUGGAGUAGAAAAUAGUAGCACGUUCUUGGAAUGCAGUCCAAAGUCCCAGAGAGCAUUGGUAUAUUGGCAGUUUCAGAAGAGAAAUGAAGAUCGAAAAGAAGAGGUCAGAGUGGGUGAUCACAUCAUCAGGACAGAACAAGGGCUCCUGCUCCGAAGUCUGCAAAAGAAGGAUUCAGGCAAUUACCUGUGUCACGCUGUAGAGCACGGAUUCAUGCAAACCCUUCUCAAGGUGACCCUGGAAGUCAUCGACACCGAACAUUUGGAAGAGCUGCUUCAUAAGGAUGAUGACGGAGACGGCUCUAAGACCAAAGAAGUGUCCAACAGCAUGACACCCAGCCAGAAGGUCUGGUACAGAGACUUCAUGCAGCUCCUCAACCACCCCAACCUAAACACGAUGGAUGAGUUCUGUGAACAAGUGUGGAAAAGGGACCGAAAGCACCGCCGGCAGAGGCCAGGGCACUCUCAAGGGAACAGCAACAAGUGGAAGCACAUGCAGGAGAGCAAGAAAGGUAGAAACCGGAGGACCCACGAAUUUGAGAGGGCACCCAGAAGUGUCUGAGCCGCGCUGUCUCCCAAAACCUCAAACAAGUACAAACUUGCUUAGAUAAUAACUGGAAAAAAAAUGCAAUACACAUGAACAUUUUCACGGCACUGUGCGGAUGUUUACAAUGAUGGGAAGUUCAACUGGGUUCCACCGAUUUAAAUUAAGUCCAUGAGGAACUUUCCCAAAAGGCUUUCUUCAGAUUAUCAACACCUGACAGAGAUCUCAGGUGAACCAGCGUAGAUACUCAAGCCAGUGGACUUACUGUUUCUUCUGAGGGUUCUUUUGCUUUCUUCUUUGCCUGAGAAAUUAAAAAAAAAAAAAAGUCACUUGCCGUAUUGCCAUUGAAAGGAGAAAAACUGCAUCAGCAAAGCCAUUUUACUGAAGCGAGGGUUGAAAAUGAACUGCAUGGAUUUAGUACGCAGACGAAUAUUCCAAAACGUGAUUGGAUUCAAGGAUGUUUUGUCUACCAGAGCUAGUGUUUGUAUGUACCAGAGGAGUUAAAUAAGGAAAAUGAAACUGAGUGAAAUAGUCUGUGGAAAUGUAAAAACAGGAACCACCCAUCAUCCAGAAGAGCAAUGGAACACACUGAUCUACUACUGACGUCUUCUUUCA